UCCUCACCGGAUAUUGUCACGAAACCGGGGUCAGGCUUUCUCUCUCACAGCCAUCUUGGAUACAACAUCCCGAGUCGCAACUAUGCCUGGUGAAGCCACAGAAACUGUCCCUGUUACCGAACAGGAGAUGCAGCAACCUCAAGUGGAAACUGCUACACUGUCUGCCUCAGCUUCCCAGAAACCACAAGCAUCUUCUGGCGCUGCUAAGCCUAAAGGCAAAGAUGCCAAGAAUAUUCGGGGUUCCUCUACCCCAAAGGCUGUUCCUGGCAGAAGAAAAUGCUCUUCUGUGUCUGCCUCUUCCUCCUCUCCCACAUCUCCUAAAUCUGCUUCUUCCUCUACCCCUUUGUCCCCCAUGCGAUCUCCCUUAGCAUGUUCACCUGGCAGCUCAUUUACUGCUAAUCAGGGUGAUCACUCCACCCCAAAGAUUGUGAAGGCUGGCAAACAAGGAAAGGCUAAGAAAGGAGAGGCAUUUGUAUCUCCCCCUAUGGAGUGUGUACCCUCAACUGCCGUUGAAAUCCCAGUUAGGCCAAACCUAGAGUCGACUGUUGGAAUGAAAUCUGCCUCUGUUGAGCCAAAAAAGCAGCCUGUUGCAGUUGCAGCCCCAGCUGCUUUUAAAGUUACUUCAAAACCUGCUGUAGCAGCUCCAGUUUCAUUUACAAGCACUCUUCCUUGUAGCCCUCCAAAAUCAACUGAAUUGAAGGCAUCCCCAUCAAAAGUUGUUCCUGACACUGCACUUUUUGAUGAUGAUCUACCUCCACUUAUCCCACCCCAAAAACCGAUCAAAAUGCCAGUGUUCUUACCUUCUGCUGAGAAACAAGAAAAACAAGCUACAACUCCAAAAUCAUCCAUUGAAAUCAAUCCUGAGGUUGAUUAUGUUAAGACUAAACAGCAUGCAUUUGUUGAGAUGACAAAGAAUCCUACUGAGCCCAUGUUGGGACCUGCUGAUGUUCCCAAACCAGUAUCUCAUCCAGCUACUGAAGCCAACCAGAUAAACAUUAAUGCUGCUCAACCAGCAGCUGAAAGCAAACAAGAUCCUUCUGAUACAUCAGCAGCACAGGCAAAUCUUGCUCCUGCAGAUGCUGCUAAGCAAACAGUCCAGCUAAAAACUGUUCUCUCAGAUGCCACAAAGCCGGUGUCUGAGGCUCAAGUUGCUCCCAUAAAGGGUGUUCAGGCAACACAGGCCAAAGCUGCUCCCGCUGAGGUUGCCAAGCCGGCAGCACAGGACAAAAUGGCUCCCGCUGAGGUUGCCAAGCCGCCAGCACAGGACAAGGCGGCUCCCGCCGAAGUUGCCAAGCCGCCAGCACAGGACAAGGCGGCUCCCGCCGAAGUUGCCAAGCCGCCAGCACAGGACAAGGCGGCUCCCGCCGAAGUUGCCAAGCCGCCAGCACAGGACAAGGCGGCUCCCGCCGAAGUUGCCAAGGCGGCAGCACAGGCCAAGGCGGCUCCCGCCGAAGUUGCCAAGGCGGCAGCACAGGCCAAGGCGGCUCCCGCCGAAGUUGCCAAGGCGGCAGCACAGGCCAAGGCGGCUCCCGCCGAAGUUGCCAAGGCGGCAGCACAGGCCAAGGCGGCUCCCGCCGAAGUUGCCAAGGCGGCAGCACAGGCCAAGGCCGCUCCCGCCGAAGUUGCCAAGGCGGCAGCACAGGCCAAGGCGGCUCCCGCCGAAGUUGCCAAGGCGGCAGCACAGGCCAAGGCGGCUCCCGCCGAAGUUGCCAAGGCGGCAGCACAGGCCAAGGCCGCUCCCGCCGAAGUUGCCAAGGCGGCAGCACAGGCCAAGGCCGCUCCCGCCGAAGUUGCCAAGGCGGCAGCACAGGCCAAGGCCGCUCCCGCCGAAGUUGCCAAGGCGGCAGCACAGGCCAAGGCCGCUCCCGCCGAAGUUGCCAAGGCGGCAGCACAGGCCAAGGCCGCGCCCGCCGAAGUUGCCAAGGCGGCAGCACAGGCCAAGGCCGCUCCCGCCGAAGUUGCCAAGGCGGCAGCACAGGCCAAGGCCGCUCCCGCCGAAGUUGCCAAGGCGGCAGCACAGGCCAAGGCCGCUCCCGCCGAGACCGCCAAGGCGGCAGCACAGGCUAAAGCGGCUCCCGCCGAGGUUGCCAAGCCGCAAGCACAGGCCAAGGCGGCUCCCGCCGAAGUUGCCAAGCCGCCAGCACAGGCCAAGGCGGCUCCCGCCAAAGUUGCCAAGGCGGCAGCACAGGCCAAGGCCGCUCCUGCCGAGACCGCCAAGGCCGCUCCCGCCGAGACCGCCAAGGCGGCAGCACAGGCCAAGGCGGCUCCCGCCGAGGUUGCCAAGCCGCAAGCACAGGCCAAGGCGGCUGCCGCCGAGGUUGCCAAGCCGCCAGCACAGGCCAAGGCGGCUCCCGCCGAGGUUGCCAAGCCGCCAGCACAGGCCAAGGCGGCUCCCGCCGAGGUUGCCAAGCCGCCAGCACAGGCCAAGGCGGCUCCCGCCGAGGUUGCCAAGCCGCCAGCACAGGCCAAGGCGGCUCCCGCCGAGGUUGCCAAGCCGCCAGCACAGGCCAAGGCGGCUCCCGCCGAGGUUGCCAAGCCGCCAGCACAGGCCAAGGCGGCUGCCGCCGAGGUUGCCAAGGCGGCUGCCGCCGAGGUUGCCAAGGCGGCUGCCGCCGAGGGUGCCAAGGCGGCUGCCGCCGAGGUUGCCAAGGCGGCUGCCGCCGAGGUUGCCAAGGCGGCUGCCGCCGAGGGUGCCAAGGCGGCUGCCGCCGAGGUUGCCAAGGCAGCUGCCGCCGAGGUUGCCAAGGCGGCUGCCGCCGAGGUUGCCAAGGCGGCUGCCGCCGAGCCGGCUGCCAAGGCGGCUGCCGCCGAGCCGGCUGCCAAGGCGGCUGCCGCCGAGCCGGCAGCCAAGGUCAAAGCGCCCUCCACCGACGCGCCAGUCGAGGCCGCCAAGGCCAGAGCAGCACCCACCAAGGCUGCCAAGCCGGCUGCACCUGCUGAGGGAGUAAAGGUUAAAGCGACCACAGCUGAAGCCACCAUGCCAGCAGAAAAUGGCAAAAUGGCCCCCUCCGAGGCCACCAUGCCGGCAGCACAGGCCAAACAAGGUACAGAACUUAAACAGAUUCCUACUAAAAUUGUCAAGCCAGAAGCAGACGUCAGAGCACCUUUUAACGUGGUCACAUCGGCUGCAGAACAGAAGUCAUGUGCUCCUACUGAACCAGUAACUGACGCUAAGUUGCCUGUUGGGGUUAUAGCUGCACCUACAGAAAUUGGAGAGCAAAAGGUGAUUCCUGUUGUUAAUUCAGUGGCUCAGCAGUCAUCUGCUCCCUUCGCCCCCUCUCCUGUUGAACCUGAUGUUCCUGCCCCAGUUCCCCGUAAACUGACGUUUGCUGAGGCAGUUGCAAAACCUGCACCUGUUAAACCUGGGCUUGAGGUAAUCUGUACAGCUCCAUCUGAACCCUUCUCUUCACCCAAAUCUGACACCCCAGCUAUGGUGGAUCCUGUGAUCAAGAAUGACAAGGGAUCGGGCACAGAGUCGGACAGUGAUGAGUCAGUCCCAGAGCUGGAGGAACAAGACUCUGCACAAACACAGACACAGCAAGCGCAGCUUGCAGCCGCUGCUGAAAUAGAUGAGGAACCUGUAAGCAAAGCGAAACAGAGCCGCAGUGAAAAGAAGGCACGAAAGGCGAUGUCAAAGCUUGGACUCCGGCAGGUAACAGGUGUCACCAGAGUCACCAUUCGCAAGUCUAAGAACAUCUUGUUUGUCAUUACUAAACCAGACGUCUACAAAAGCCCAGCAUCAGACACAUACAUCGUCUUCGGUGAAGCUAAGAUUGAAGAUCUUUCCCAGCAAGCCCAGCUGGCUGCUGCAGAAAAAUUCAAAGUACAGGGAGAAGCUGUAUCAAACAUCCAAGAAAACACACAGACACCAACAGUACAGGAGGAGAGCGAAGAGGAAGAGGUUGAUGAGACUGGCGUUGAGGUCAAGGAUAUUGAACUCGUCAUGUCACAAGCCAACGUAUCUCGAGCAAAGGCUGUACGUGCCCUCAAGAAUAACAACAAUGACAUUGUCAAUGCUAUUAUGGAGUUGACAAUGUAAUGGAAUAAUGGCAGCAAAGAUGUGAAGAUGUUUGCUGGUUUAAUCUAAGAUUGUUUAUACAGUUUGUACUGCAGAUGGAAAUAAACGUGUGCUUGGUUAAAAUGGAAA